UUCUGGUUUUGGCUUUGGUUUUGGUUUUGGUUUGCUCGUAUAAAUAGAUUGUAGAUUAAUUAAAAGACAGACAUUUGCACGUGAGCUUGCAACAGAAUAUAAUAAGAAAUUUUUAAUUCUGCUACCAUUAUCGUACGUUAUUUAGAAUUCAGAAGAAUGGCCAAUUAUCAUGAAGAUAUUUAUAAAGUGGAUUAUAGGGAACAAGGAAAAUGUUUGAUAUUUUACGAUCGGAUAUAUGAUGGGACAGAAAUUGCAGUUAAAGAUGAACAAUUGUUACGCCAAUGUUUUACUAAAUUAAAAUAUGAUGUCAUUACUUACUACGAUUUAAACGCAAAAGACAUCAAUAAAACAUUAAAAGAAGUGGCUAAAGAAGAUCAUCAAAAUAGACCAUCUCUUGUGUGUUGCUUUUUAACUCAUGGACGAUAUAAUAUUAACGCUGGGAAAGAUUAUACAUAUGUACUAGAUAAACUAUACAAGUACUUUAAUGCAGAUAAUUGUCCUCAAUUAGCUGGAAAACCGAAAUUAUUUUUUAUUCAGGAAUUUCAAGGCAUACGUAUAGAUGCUGGCGUACGUAUGGAUAGACCUCAUAGUGGAAGUUUAUACACAAUCUAUCCUUAUUAUGAUUUUUUGUUUGUAUUGUCUUCAAUACCGGGAUUGGUAUCAUUUCGUGAACCAUCAGGAACCUAUUUUUUUGAAUUACUUACUGCAGUAUUGAGAGAAAAUGCACAUAAGAUGGAUCUGUUAAGUAUGUUAACAGUUGUCAAUAAGAAGAUAAGUUUAAAGUUCGAAUCGAGUAAUGAAAAGAUACAAGUUCCUCACAUUCUUUCCACCCUACUUAAAAAAUUAUACUUUUUAUGUGAUAAUGAAAAAUAGAAAGAAGAAUUUAUCAGUGCAUUUUAAAAUUUUCUAUUAUAAACGUAUAUUUUUUAAUAACAUAAUUCAAGAUACUGUA